CCAACGCAACCCAACUCAGUCACCAAGUUAUGCCGUUUGAACAUAACAUGCUGAUAAUUGCUUGCAUAUGGAUAUUUUGUACUGCCAGCUAUAUUGCGAUGGUGUGCGUGUUUGUCACACCCCUCAAAAGAAUUAGAAUGUGCAAAAAUAGCACAUCGGCACAUCUACAAAAACAUUAAUGUUGUUCUAGCUAUACCACGGUAACGUGGAAAUAAUCAAUCUGGACCAGAAAAAACAUAUUCUUGACGGCAUCAACAGCAGCACACAAAGUCCGGGUACGAAGACACACCACCAGCCAGGUCACAAAAUGAGACCAUGUAUUUCAAAUUUAUUUUUGUUUGUGACCAUAUGGACAACUGACUCGGAGGAGGUAAAGAUCCACUACGUUGCCCAGGGCGACGAGACCAAGCCGCUGAUGCUGUUUGUCCAUGGAUUUCCAGAGUUCUGGUACUCAUGGCGAUACCAGCUGCGGAAGUUCAAGAAGGAUUACAGGGUUGUGGCCAUUGAUUUGAGAGGCUAUGGUGACUCCGACAAGCCUUCCGGUGUUGCCAAUUACCAGAUGUCCAAGAUUGUGUCCGAUCUUAAACAAGUCAUCCCUGCUCUUGGCUACAGAUCCUGUGUGCUGGUAGCCCAUGACUGGGGUGGUGCCAUUGCCUGGACAUUCACUGCCAUGCACCCAGAACUGGUCGACAAACUGAUUGUAAUGAACUGUCCCCAUCCAGGCAUCUUUCGGAGCUACAUGGAGAAGAAUAUGGCGCAGUUCAAGAAAUCUUGGUACGUAUUCUUCUUCCAAGUUCCAUUUCUUCCCGAGUUGUCACUGAGAGCAAAUGACAUGAAAGCUCUGGAAAGAAUCUUCACGGGGCGUAAGGGUGGUGUCACCACGGGCAAAUGCAGCACUGACGAUAUAGAGGCCUACAAAUAUGCUUUCUCUAGACCAGGUGCUGCCACAGCUGCCAUCAAUUAUUAUCGAGCUACAAUGCGGUUCCCAGCGAGAAGGAUCCCGAGGAUCUCCUGCCCGGUGCUGACCAUCUGGGGCUGCAAGGACACAGCCCUGGAGACAGGCUUGGCCGCUGCUGCUAGUGCUGUUGUAGACAACCACACAGUCAAAUACAUAGAGGAGGCUAGUCACUGGGUCAUGAUGGACACUCCGGACCAAGUUAACAAACACAUGACUGAUUUUCUUAAGUAAAUAUGUGAUGCUCAGAUCACUGACGGAAACACAUGAGAUUUUCUGUAAUAUACAUGUGACACUUGUAGAAACACAUACAAAUAUUAAUAUUAUAUAUUAUCAAGACUUUUCAUAUAUGUAUAAAAAGGUGAUCAGCGAACGAUUUGUGGAAUAAUCUCAUCUGAGAGGCAUUUUUAUGCUGGAGACCAUGUUGAGUAAAGGCAAAAUGGUAUAUUUUCUUAAACUAUCAAACAGACUUAACAUAAAAUUGUCUCCAACAGUAAUGUGUACAGAGGGCCUAAAAUAUAGCGUACUGACAUAAUGUCAUGACAAUUAGAUUGUUAGUACUGCAACACAUGAGAAACUCUACCAUAAAGAUAUAUGUAUGCUAUUUUCCAUGUUACACAAAACAAUAUUAUGUCAGGAACAAUCAGACGUCGCUAAAAAUAACAUCCAUUGUUGUUUUGUCACGGUACGAGAGAUAAAGGAAGCUUGUUAUAACGUUCAUGUUGAUAACUUUCGCUGUAAGAAUGAUAAGGUAAUAAUAUAUUUACAAAUGUUUAUUUGACGAAAAAUAUGUUUUUAUUGUUACAAAUCUGUUGGGUUUUUUAAAUUUGUUCGCGAUGCAGCAUAAUAAUUACCGGUAUGUAUCCCAUCUAGUCCUACUGAAGUACCAUACAUAGUAAACUGGUAAGAGCUGUGAUGAUUCGAUAUGCUAUCGGUGCAUCGCUUUGCAAUAUUUUAUGUUUUAAUACAGUCUGAGAUAUUAUAUUGUUAGGCUGUAGGUAAGAUGGGGUCACUAGUCUCCUAGUUAUGAGACUAAAUUAUAACUUGCAAGGACUCCUUUUUGCUUUUAUUUACAUGACAUGUAUUAAUACGGGUGACUGGGGUUUUAUGAGCUGAUUGGGCUUGUAGAUGCUCGUUAAACCCAUGAUUACACCCUGCGGUUGAAACGUAACAAGACUAUCAUUACAAGUUCACACUUUACGAGGAAUAUUUUCGGAGAUAUAUUCGUGUGUAACAACAACAUCUAUCUUAAGAGCCAUCGGGAUCUCACAAGCAUGUCCGUACAUGCAGGCCAACGGAUUUUGUAUAGGCAUUUACUCCAGUUAACUACAUGGUCAUUCACUUUGAUGAAGGAGUCGCGGGUGGCCCAGUCGUCUUAGGCACCGCAAUUCAAAUAAGUAUCAUGACCUGCGUUAUUUACAAAAGAGUAUUACAGCCUUGACUAUACUUACAAAUAUAAACUUUUGCUUUUCAGGUAAUAUAAGUAUAAUUCAAGGCCAUAUGCGAAUAAGUGUAUUUUUGUUUGUUUGUUUUUUGUUUUGCUUGUUUGUUUGAUUUUAAGCGCCGCACUCAGCUAUAUGACGGCGGUCUAUUAAUAGUCAAGUCUGGACCAGACAAUCAAGAGAACAUCGAUGUGCGCAAUUGGGAAACGAUGACAUGCAUCAACAAAGUCAACGAGCCUGAACGACCGAUCCUGUUAGUCGCCUCUUAUGACACAACACGCAUGGGUUGCUGAAAAACAAUUCUAACAUGGAAUCUUCAAGGGGCUCUUGAGUAAUAACCCCUCGUAAUAUUUGUAUUUAUUUAUAAAUAUGUGUGCCUUUAAACCGAAAUAGAUAUAAUCCUCUGGUUCAAUGUGUGAAAACUAGCGUUAGAAAUCUUUUUCAGAUUACGUAUUGAUGUGAUUGUAUAUAGAUUUUUAAUGAACAGACAUCAGGUGUCUGUGAUAAUAUAUCAAUUCAUCAAUCAUGUUUUGAGAAUAACAUUUUAUUUAUGUUAUCAGGAAGCGAGCGCACGACUGGAUGCAUUUGAACUGGUUGUCAUUUCUUUUUUAAGCUUCCGGUUGUUUUGUGUGAAGACUAUGUAUACAGGUUCAAAUGGUACUGUCAACAAUAUUUUGUCGUUAUAAUUUUAUUGUGUUAUUGAAUUGAUAAAUACACUUGUAGAGUUUUAUAUUUAUUUAGUCAGGAGGGAGGUGGGCUAUAUGAUAAAUCACGGUGAUCAGGGUGCAAGUUAAACGACAAUGGUUGGCUGUGUCAUCUCUUUUAAAGGCAUUGGCUGACGUUACACCAUCUAUCACGUUAUCGAUAAAGCUAGCAGGGUGAAUACAGCAUUCGUAGCUGAUGACUUGAUCAUGCACUGUAGUAUGGCAUUGAAGGGCGCAGCAUUCUCAAGAAUCCAUUGCAUGCAGAUUCGAAAAUCACGUCUAUAAUAGCAUAAACACAAACCUAACCAAGUUAAAAAGCUCUGCAUUAACGGGAAAAUCUAGCUUCAUAAUAUAAAAUUCAGUUCAGCGUAUUCGACGGAAGCUUGAGAAACGAUCGAGUCAACACUCACGUCAUGUUGACUAUGAUUUCACAAAAGGUGCAUGUGUAUUUUAUAUGGUAUAAAACUAAUUGUAAUUACCGUUAAGCAAGGCCAAUAACGACGCACAAAAGACGCAAGACUCGCAAUUGCAUUGGUUGACAUAAGUACGACAUUUCUUACGACUAUCUUCUCAAUGCAAGGAGGCUUAUCUCAUGGUUCAUUGUCGUAAGUAGACGCGGCCAUGAAUGAUGGCUUGAUGUUACGUUUUGUUUAUUAGAGAUGCUCUGAACCUUUCUGAUGCCUCAACGCUUGCAAUACUGCCACACACAAUGAGUAUCUGUCGCACAUUCCAAAUUACGCACGGCGUUACUGAUCACCUGUAUAUUUGAUGGGUAUAGGCCGUAGCUUGUCACAGCUGACAAGUGAAUAUGUUUGCCUACCCCCUGAUAUGCCGGUGAUUGGUUACUCCAUGAUUUGGUGUAUGCAUCAGAUACACAUUGUGUGUCUCACCAGGAGCAUGUACAAUACGAGAAACAUGUUAAUAUGUACGUAUAUUUUUAAUAAAUAAUCACGUUGACAAAACAGAACAACACAGACCGUUAUGAUAUUGACAUGAUGAGCUGUCAUCUUUACUUUCCGUGGUUUCCAUGGGAUAUUGUUCGCUUAACAAAAUUAGCCAGGUUUCCAUUAAAUGACCACAGCCAUAUA